AUGUCCGAGCGCCAGGAUACCACAAGUGGCAGCCAGAGCCAAUCAACACCAUCGGAGUCUCCAGCACCGCCACUGACCGAGGAGCAGGAGGCUCCAAGCAGCAGCAACAGCAGCUGCACCGCCGCCAUUGCCACCGUCACCAGCAGCGGCCAUCAGGGCAAUGAUCAGGAGCGCGACCGGGAUAGGGAAUCUCAUGGCGACAGAUCGACACACAAGGAUGACUUUGGCACACAGCGUGUGUAUAAGAAGACCUCACCGAAUUGUGUGCUCACCCUGUAUUUGCCGACACGGGAGAUAACCCUGACCGGCAACAAUCCAUCGGUGCUGCGUGGCAUUGUCUUUGUCGACCCGAAAGCCAUCCAAGGAUAUCGUGUCUAUGCGCAGCUAACGCUUACAUUUCGCUAUGGCCGUGAGGACGAAGAGGUAAUGGGUCUGCGGUUCUGUAAUGAGGCCAUCAUGUCGUUGCAUCAGAUUUGGCCACGUUUGGAGGAACCAACGCGGGAGUCCCUCAGUCCCUUGCAGGAGGCAUUAUUGAAGCGUCUCGGUGAUGGCGCCCAUCCAUUCACCUUGUCAUUGACCGCCCAGGCACCGCCCAGUGUCCAACUGGUACCGGCAAAACGCUACUACGGAGCUCCUAUUGGCACCAGCUACGAUGUGCGUUGCUUCAUUGCGGAUAAAACAGAUGAGAAAUUCCAUCGUCGAGCCUCCGUCAAGAUGGGAGUACGCGUCAUCUAUCGCACCGAUGUAUUUCAUCAGCAUUCGGCCCCGGAACAUUACGCCGCCUACGCCGGACAGCACAGCGCUGGGGCAGCACAAUCGCCACCAGCUAGUGCCACGCCCCCACUGAGCAGCGAUGCCGCCCAUCCAUCUGGUGGCCAUGAGCAAGCACCCAGCAGCAGCGGCAGCGGCAGCGGCGGUGGUGGUGGCGGUGGAGGUGGCAGCGGUGGCAAGUCCAAGUCAAAGUCAGAACGCGGCGACUCCUUUCCCAAAUUGCGUCUCUCGCCAAAGUCGUUUAGGUUCAGCGGUCGCUUUGGACGCAGCAAAAGUGAAAUCGAGAAGUGUCCCAACGAUCCAUUUCAUUGCUAUAGCAAGUCCUUCCAGGAGCACUGCGACAACACUGGCAGUGGAAUGUUGCCACCACACAGCAACGCCGGAGUCACCGGUGGCAUUGGUGGCAUUAGCGUUGGACCCUGCGGUGGCCCACAAGGAUCUGUGGAUAAGCCGUUUCUACUCCACGACGGUCGUGUGGGCUUGAAAGCCAGUCUGGACAAAGGAUGGUACACUCACGGCGAGGACGUUAACGUAACCAUCAACAUACGCAACGACAGCCGCAAGACAGUACGCAAAGUGCGGAUUUGUGCCAUUCAGCACGUGGACGUUUGCAUGUUUAACAAUGGAAAAUUUAAGAAUGUUGUUGCCGACUCGGACAAUAUAUCGCCGGCUGUGGAUCGCGUUGUGCCACCAGGUGGCAGCUUGUCGACGACAGUCGCGUUGCGUCCACAACGUGGUCCAACCAAGAACUGGAUUGCAUUGGAGGACACUCUACAGCGUAGCACGGAGCCCGAUGAGAUAACUGGAGCGAUUGCCGCAUCUGCAAUACGCUCACCGAAUUUUGUGUUGCAGGCGCAGCAAUUGUUGGCUGGACAUCCAUUGGCCAGUCCGGCCAUGGCCUUGCCACAGUUGCCCCAAACGGCUGCAACAUCAGGUGGCAAUACCGCUGCUGCUGCCGGUGGCAGUGGCAACAACAGUGGGGCACCUGGCUUUGUUGAUGAUCGUAAUGUUUUCGCCAUUUAUGUGUCGUACUAUGUGAAGGUCAAGCUCACGUUGAGCGGCAUGGGCGGUGAGUUGUCCUUGAAGCUGCCCUUUGUCCUUGUCCAUGUGGAUGAGACACAGCGUCCUGGCUACACAUCUGCCACCUUGGGGGAGUUACGCAUGGAGAAGUUGGCAUUGCACGAUGUUCCCAUUGGCCGCAAGAAUGGCAAGCGUGUGGUGAAUGCCUCAACAUCAACUUCAUUCGGAGAUGGACCCUCCACAAGCGCUGCGGCAGCUGCAGCUGCUGUCCACGAUGAUGAUACCCAAUUGGAUUGCAUUGAGACUCUCGAGGAUGAGUUUAACAUACGUGUUCCCGUGCCGACAGCAUGUCAGCACAGCUCGACAACAUGUUCCGGCUAUCACAAGCGUCGCUUGCAGCGCAGCGAGACACUGGCCCGGGAUUUGGAGGAGAACGAUGAUCAAUUGGAGCAUCACAUGGUGCAGGUGCAUCUGGAGCAACAGGUGGAGGAGGAACGCAUGCAACGACAACAGUUGGCAGCCGAGACAGGUGCCGUGCCCAAAACAACAAAUGUCUGAUUCUGAUGGUCUCAGAUGUUUGCCAAGCGCAAGAAGCCAUAGAUGGCAUGGUCCAAACACGAACUAAACAGCGAGAUGGCAUUAAAAGUAUUAACUGCAACACAA